AUGCAUAGUCAACUAAAACUCUUUUGUGAAGAAGUGAAUAAAGAAUUAAUUACGCAUAGGUUGACAGUAUUCUUUAAUGUCAUGACAACACAAUUGAAUCUAAUGAUUGACGAAUGUUUCAACAUACAAUCGUCUAUAAUCAAUUUGCUGAUAGAUGUCAACCACGGUCAUAUAAAUACAGAUUUAUUGACACCCUCACAACUUCAAAAGGAAUUAAUGGAUAUCGAAAAAAUAUUGCCCAAUAAUCUUAUGCUUCCCGGAAAGGCAACUGGAACUGAACUAAAGGAGGUUUAUCAUGAACUGAAAGCAAAGGGUACGAUAAUUGAUUCGCGACAUGUUGUUCAAGUGGAAAUACCUCUAAUACAAACUCAUAGUUCUGAGGUGUACGAGAUAAUAAUGCUUCCUGUAGAUAACGAAGUAACCGCUGUUAUGGCAAUAGUACAAGAUGAUUUUAUUGUAUACAAUUUUGCAACGAACAUGUACUAUUUAAUGUCUCAAUCUCAACUUAACAAAUGUGAGAAGAAUCUUCAAGGGCAGUACAACUGUUUAGGAAAUAUGCCUUGGAAGCCAGCUAUUGAACGUGCGUGUGAAGUGUCUGCAUUAAAACAAUCCCGACAUGCUGAUUGCUCUUUUAAAGCUGUCCCAAGGAAGAGUGUCUGGAAACAACUAUCUUCAGAGAAUCACUGGAUAUUUACAGUAUUUGAUAACUUAAUUCUCACUGUUGAUUGCGGACUAAGUAAUCGAAGUUGGAUUACAUUACCACUAAAGGGAAUAUUACAGUUACCAUACGGUUGUACAGCUGCAUACGAAGGUAUAACAUUAACUGCAUCGAAACAAUUUACUUCCGAAAAGAAAACAACGAUUCAAUCGUCAUCAUGGGAACUGGAUUAUAAGAAAAUAAACAGUUAG